CAAGACGAAGCUAAAAUCCCUCUUCAGAUCCACAGUCAACUGCCCUGACCACAUCCUGCAAAAAAUCCAGAGGAAGAAGAGCCAUGGAUUACUACAGAAAAUAUGCAGCUGUCAUUCUGGCCACAUUGUCUGUGUUUCUGCAAAUUCUCCAUUCCUUUCCUGAUGGAGAGUUUACAAUGCAGGGCUGCCCAGAAUGCAAGCUAAAGGAAAACAAAUACUUCUCCAAGCUGGGUGCCCCAAUCUAUCAGUGCAUGGGCUGUUGCUUCUCCAGAGCAUACCCCACUCCAGCGAGGUCCAAGAAGACAAUGUUGGUCCCAAAGAACAUCACCUCAGAAGCCACAUGCUGUGUGGCCAAAGCAUUUACCAAGGCUACAGUCAUGGGAAAUGCCAGAGUGGAGAAUCACACUGAGUGCCACUGCAGUACUUGUUAUUAUCACAAAUCUUAAAUAUUUUGCAAAGGGCCAUGUU